AUGGGAGGGGGUGUGAACCCUCAGAAGCCAGAAUAUGGAACCAGGCCAGGAGCUACAGCCUUCCUAGGAGUGGGAGCUCAGCCAGCCCCUGUGAUUCAGAAUGGCUAUGGACCAGGUGCUGGUGAGGAUGUGAACCUUCAAAGGCUAGGAUUUGCCAGUGGGAACAGCCUGGCAGCCCAGCCAGGUACUGCACCUCUGAAUGGCUUUGGAGAAGGCUUUGGAGGAGUUGGAGAACUUGAGAAGCCAGGACUUGGGAUCAGGAAUAGGCUGGAUUCUGAAACCUUCCCAGGAGGACAGAUCCAGCCAGGAGGUCCUGCAGCUCUAAAUGGCUAUGGACCAGGCUAUGGAGGGGACAUGAAGCCCCAGCAACCAGGAUACCGCAAUGGAAAUGGGCUGGUAGCCCAGUCAGGUCCCUGCCGUGAGGGGGUUGUUCCCCUGCUGCUCCCCAGACCUCCCACUCCAGGGGUCCCUUCAGAUAAAGGGGGUGGCUGGGGCCUGAAAUCUCAGCUCUCUCCCCCAGUCCGGAAUGGCAAGAUCCCAGCGCUGACCCCAGCCAUCCAAUGGGGACAGGAACCUCAGAAAGCAGGGUUUCCUGAGGCCAGUGGCUUUAGGAAUGGCUACCAGCCUCCCAAUGGCUAUGGACCUGGAGCAGAACUGGGUUUUGGUUACAGGAACGGAGCCCUGGGUGCUGGAGUCUUCCCUGAGGCUGAGCCGCAGCCAGGGUUCCCUGAGGCCAAUGGCUUUAGGAAUGGACAAAGAGAGAAGGCUCCUGUGUACCCCAAGGCUGCAGCUCCAGCUCCACGAGGGGUCGGUAAGAAGCAGCCAGGUCAGCUGAGGGCCCAGCAGGGCUCUACUUGGUCUUACCUACAGCCCUGGGCCACUUGGGUGAGGCCUGCAUAUGGAUACACAGGGCUCAGGAGCCAGCCAGGGCCCUAUGGGCAGCCUGCACUGGGCCAGCGCCCCUUUGGGAGCUCUGAAAUAAAGAGAGGCAGCAAUGGCCAGUUGAAAGCCAGUUAUGGAGGCCGCUGCCCCCUUGGGAAAUGCUGAGAACCUGAGCUGGCCCCUAAAAGCCACAAAACAGCAUCUCUUCCAAAGAAGGCAGGACCUUGGGGCUCUGAUGCUGCCAGCCUGGAGUCUCCUCAGGGCUAAAGUAUUAAUAAAUGCA